UACUUUGCAAUAAAACAAAUGUUAUUUUCUACCUCGCAAACAUUUACAGAUUAAAAAGUAUAUUGUGUGUGCAACAAUAUCGAUAUUGAAGUAAAAUAUGAUGUUUAAAUGGUUGUUAUUUGCAUUAUUACUUACUGUUUCCAUUACAAAUGGAAAAAUAUCGUAUAAUACGUUACGAUCGCAAAUGUUAAGUAAAGCAACCGUCCAUGUACCAAAAGUUAUCAACAAAAUAUGUCUCCUGAUACCGGACGAAGGGCCUUGUCGCGCCGAAAUUUCGAUGUACUACUUCCAACCGGAGACAAUGAACUGCAGUACUUUCCGCUGGGGAGGCUGCCAGGGCAAUGGCAACCGGUUUGACACCCUCAGCGAAUGCUUGACAACUUGCACGAGCCAGGCCGGGCAACUGCCGGGACGCCCGACAUACUGUAGCCUGAGCUUUGACUACGGCUUCUGUUUUGGUGAAGACAAGAGAUGGUAUUACGAUGAAAAAUGGCGCGUUUGUAGAGAAACUAUUUACUCCGGCUGUGGCGGAAACAAGAACAACUUCUACAGUCAAGAAGGAUGCGAAUCAAUCUGCCGAUUUGGUCUUGGUCCACCAUCACUGGGAGAUAAGAAAGAUGGAAAAGCGAAGAAGGUAUUGAUUAUAAACCCGCCCGAUCAAACCACUCCACGGAGCCAAAAACAACAGGGCUUAAGUACUUAAUAUUCGCUUUUUACUAGCAUCGCAGAACCUUUAGAGUAUGUAGGUAUUCUUAAUUAUCACUCAAAAUGCCGAUAGGUUUCUAUUUAAAUAUGUAAAUCCAUUGUUUACUGCCCAAUGAUAAAAAAUGACGUGAUCAGUUACGACGGUAAAAUUCCUAAAUGUCGCCCUAAUACACUAAGGGCAAUAACACGUCUCGUUUGAUAUG